AUGGUUCUCGUUGAAAAGGGAACUAACCAUCAAUUUGCUGAAGAAGGAAGAGCCUAUGAUCCUCUUGUUCCAAAAGGAAAUAAUAUUACAAUAACUUUCAUGUUUGAAAUUGAUAACGAGCCAAUUAGAAAAGCAACUCUCAAAAAAUUUGGCCGAAUUGAAUACAAUUUUAAACUCCAAAUAUGCAAGAAGGGAAGUGGUGAGCUCAUAGUCUCUUUGCCUUGCAAGCCAACUGAGGAUGGAAGAACCACCAAUGAAGGCAUGACAAGCGCUGUCCAUUUCUUCUCAGUUCCAUUUUCGAAGGAACAAAUUCAAUUUUUAAGAGACAAUUUGGAUAAUGUUCAGGUGAAGUUAACUGUCGAUGAUGAAAGAUAUCCUCAUUCUACUGUUUUAAGUCCACUUCUUGUAAAAGAGCUCUUGAAAGACUUUGAUUAA